AUGGCAAGGCCCAAAUCCAAACCGCAGCCGAAUGGCGUUUCUUCUGAUUUGGAGGCAAGCUUGCCAGCAGAUACAGCAGAUGUCACGGGCACCUCCAAGCAAGAUUCACCUUUACAACCUGGAGCUCUCUCAACAACAUCUAUUUCAAUUGCGCAGGCCCCAGUUGGUGAGCAAACCAAUAAAGACCUUGCUAAGCAGGAGCUAAUGGGUUUGUGUGGCAAGAUAAAGCGCGGCAUAAUGCAGAAAGGCGAUGUAUCCUACGAUUCCCAGCUUGUUGUGGGUGGCUACUUCCAGGCUACAGUCACCGUCCGAUGCCUUGAUGGAGAUUGGAAGGAUGCUGUUUUCGUCGGUGAAGUGUGUCGAGACAAGAGCAUGGCCGAACACAGCGCAGCAGCAGUUGCAGUGGCAGAGUUGCGGAAAGAUGACGCAAUGAUGGCAAGGUCGAGCGCUUCGAGCCAACUCAGUUGCUGUGAUAGCAAGGUGGCUGGCCAUAUGCAGAAGUUCCACUGCGGUGAACAGUUUUACCUGGGUACCCGAUGGGUCUUCCGGAGGGAUCUGAAGCUUCUCAAGGAUGAGAUCCAGAAGCUGAUGAUGAUCCUGGAAGUCGUAGACCUUGUCGGGUAG